AUGCCGGUGGAUUUGAAGUUGAGCAGCGGCGGUGCGAAACGCGAAUUUGAUUGCCGAUCUUAUCGCAGGUGGCACCGGGGGCGAGGAGAGGUGAUGGUGGUGGUGUCUUCGUGCCCUGGUUUCCCCAGCAACAUGCUUGGAUGGCAGAAGAAUCGCGCGAGCCUCGGGUUGUGGUCCAAUGGUCAGGCAUUUAAUGGGGAGUGUGAGUUUAGGCCAAGACCCCUUUCUUUGUCCGGUGAGGAAAUUCUUGCAAAAAUCAACAGUCACGAGUACCUUACCCUUAGCUUGCAAGAAAAGUUCAAGGUCCCAUAUAAUCCGAAUAACAGAGUAUGCUGGACUAAUAAGUGCAUGUUUUGGAGGCUGCCUUAUUGGAAAUUUAUUAGAGUGAGAUAUGCUUUUGAUGUCAUGCACAUUGAAAGGAACGUAUUUGACAACAUCAUUGGAACCACUCUUAGUAUUGCAAGAAAGUCUAAAGACGGUCCAAAAGCUCGUGCGGCUUUAAAAAAAAGGGGUGUGCGGCAAAGUCAGUGGGAAAGGAGCAAUGGACAACUUCCUCAUGUGCCAUUUCUGGUGAGGCCGGAAUUUUUAACAGAGGUAUUUGAAUGGUUCCGUGAUGUGAAGUACCCUCAUGGAUAUGCUGGGAGUUUGAGGAGUAAGGUCAACGUACGUGAGAAAAAUUUUCACGGGUUAAAGACCCAUGAUUGCCAUGUAAUGCUUCAACGCCUUCUCUCAAUAGUUAUUCGUGAGUACUUACCAUUGAACGUCGUUAAGCCUUUAGUUGCACUGUGUAGAUGGUUUCAAAAAUUGUGUGCCAGAAAGUUGAGAAAGGAAGACGUCAGGCUAAUGGAAGCUGAAAUAGUCAUGAUUCUAUGUAAUUUAGAGAUGAUUUUCCCUCCACAUUUCUUUACAACUAUGGUUCACCUCAUGGUUCACCUUCCAGAACAAGUGUUGCUAACCGGUCCUGUGCAUUUUACCCGGAUGUUUCCCAUGGAACGGCAACUUGGGACUUAUAAAAAAUCGGUUAACAAUAGACGUUACCCAGAGGGUUGUAUUUCUAAGCGUUAUAUUACUUGGGAGUCAGUGACGUACUGCAAUUUAUACAUGGAGGGUGCAGAACCCUGGGAACAAAAAACCAGCACUAAUGCAUCCCGGUUAACUGAACAAGAGGUUUUAAAGGCUCACUGGCAAGUUUUGCUCGAAUGUAAAGAAGUGAAAUACUACAUGGUUCAACAUGAAGAGCUAUAUACGUCAGCGCAUCCAAACUCUGAUGAGAAGUCACGUAGGAUUGAUUUUCAUCCUUAUUUCCUUGAUUGGGUUGCGGACCUUGAAAGAGCAGGCAAUGAUUACUUAAAAGCAGAGGUAGUCAAAUUGGCUAGAAGACCACAAGGACACAAUAUUUAUUCAACGUGUUAUGUGAACGGGGUCAAGUUUAUAUCAUACUAUAAAGACCGAUACUUGCAGACCCAGAAUUGUGGAGUAAUGAUAGAGACAGAAACUACCAAUUACUAUGAGAUCCUUGAAUAUGUGCUCGAACUACUGUACACAGACAGAAUGUCGGUUGUGUUGUUCAAGUGUAAGUGGUACGAUACUGACCCUUAUAAGAGUGACAGCACUAAGCUAGAUCAUGACUUGUUAUCGGUGGAUACAAACAGUAGUUGGUAUGAGGAUUCCCCUUUUUGUCUUGCGUCCACGGCAAGACAAGUGUUCUACGUAGAUGAUCCGAAGGCGGGAGAGGCUUGGAAGGUAGUUAAUGUGAUGUCACAUAGGAAUGUGUACGAUGCUAGAACACUUGCAACACACGACGAUGAGAGGCCUCCUAUUGGGAAUCAGGUUAGAGAACCCUAUCAAGAGCCCGUCUUGGUAUAUAGUGGAGUUUUUGAUCUUACCGUUGAUCUUGAUUGGUUUCAAUCAACUGACGCUAUUAUACCGUGGUCGGUAAAUGAAGAAGAAGAAGAUGGAUAA